AUGUCAAAUACGAGAAGACCAGUAUUGGAAGAAGUCGAUGAUGAUGACAUCGAUAACAUGGAUAUGGAUAUUGCUGAAUUUGAUCCAUCUUUAAAAACACCUGUUGCUCCUAAAAGACCAGAACCAAAAAUUGUUCGUUCACAAGAUUCAGAACCACCAUUAUUUCCUAAUCUUCCAAUGGGUGGACAAAUGCCACCUAUCCCAAGUCAAGAAGAAAUUGCAGCUACUAAGAAAAGUAGUGGAAUUAGAGAUCCAAGAUCAUUUACUGAAGAAGAAAAGAAACAAUUUGAUCAAUUUCAAAUGAUAUAUCCUUGUUAUUUCGAUAUGAAUCGUUCUCAUAAUGAAGGUAGAAGAGUUAGUAUUGAUAGAGCUGUGGAAAAUCCAUUGGCUACUACAAUUGCUGAAGCUUGUCGAAAAUUAUCAUUACCUGUAUUUUUAGAAUUGGAUAAAUCACAUCCUCAAGAUUAUGGUAAUCCAGGAAGAGUUAAGGUUUUAUAUAAAGCUGUUUUUGAUGGUGGUAAACUUGUUGAUCCAAAAAUUAAAAAUAAAAGAGUUUUAUUUAAUUUGAUUGCUGAAUAUUUGGCAGAACAUCCAACAAGUUUAGAUUCUAUUGGUUCUAAAAGUGGUGUUCCUUAUCCACCAGAAUUCCAAAGUGGAUUUACUCCUGAAGAAAUUCCUAAAGUUAAAGGUUAUAAAAUGAAUACUAUAGUUCCUGUGCAUUCUAGUUUGACUUUGAAACACCCAAUGACAAAGCAUAUUUAUGAUCCAGAACCAGAAACCCCAGCUGCAACUAAACAAAACGUUCCUAAACUUCCUAAAAAGAAGAUCAUGAAAAUAAGAGGUUGA